AGGGCACACAUUACCCGGCGGCCACUCUUCCCCGUGCACUGGAGCAAGAUGGCAGCUGUUGUUGAGAAUGUUGUCAAACUGCUGGGAGAACAGUACUACAGAGAUGCCAUGGAGCAGUGUCACAACUACAACGCCAGGCUGUGUGCCGAGAGGAGCGUUCGAAUGCCAUUUCUGGACUCUCAGACUGGCGUGGCUCAGAGCAACUGCUACAUCUGGAUGGAGAAGAGGCACAGGGGUCCAGGCAUGGCUCCAGGACAGCUCUACACGUACCCAUCCAGGAGGUGGAGGAAGAAACGGAGAUCUCAUCCUCCAGAGGACCCCCGGCUUAUCUUCCCUCCUGUCAAGUCAGAGGUAGAUUUAGGACUGAAGAAGGACUCUCUGUUGUCGUCGGACGGCAGCAGCCUGGAGGCGCUCCUGAAGGGAGAUUCUCUGGACAAGCGGACCGCCGCGGACCUCCGAGGGUCUGAGGAGGAUUCCAACCAGAGCGAUUACACUGGAGGCCUGAACCCCGCCACACGAAUCCGAAAGAGAAUCCUCGAACCAGACGACUUCCUGGACGACCUCGACGAUGAGGACUACGAGGAAGACACCCCCAAGCGAAGAGGCAAAGGCAAGGGAAAGGGUCGAGGGGUCGGCAGCGGCAGGAAGAAGCUGGACACGGCGGCGCUGGAGGACAGGGACAAACCGUACGCCUGCGACAACACUAUCAAACAAAAGCAUAUUUCAAAACCUUCUGAAAGAGUCUGCGGGAAGCGCUACAAGAACCGGCCCGGCCUGAGCUACCACUACACCCACUCCCACCUGGCCGAGGAGGAGGGUGAGGAGAAGGAGGAGGUGGAAAUCAACGAGCCCGCUGUGCUGCUGCCUGAGGAGCCAAAAACUCCCAAAAAAGGGCCCGACGGUCUGGCGCUGCCCAAUAACUACUGCGACUUCUGCCUGGGAGACUCCAAAACCAACCACAAGACGGGCCAGUCGGAGGAGCUGGUGUCCUGCUCCGACUGCGGACGCUCAGGCCACCCGUCCUGCCUGCAGUUCACUCCCGUCAUGAUGGCCGCCGUCAAGACGUAUCGCUGGCAGUGCAUAGAGUGCAAAUGCUGCAACAUGUGCGGCACCUCGGAGAACGAUGAUCAGCUUCUGUUCUGUGACGACUGCGACAGAGGCUAUCACAUGUACUGUCUCAACCCUCCGAUGUCUGAGCCUCCAGAGGGGAGCUGGAGCUGUCAUCUAUGUCUGGACCUCUUGAAAGACAAAGCCUCCAUAUACCAGAACCCCAACGCUCCGCCGUCGUGAUGGCAGCUCCUUCCUGCAAGCGCGCCCGCCGCCGCCCGUCUCGCAGCAAGUGUGAUUUUUACCCUUCAAGACAAAAAAAAAAGAAAAGACAAAACUCCUCCAGUGACAGACUUAACCUCGCAGGGGGCGUGUUCUGGACCCACGAGUCGUGAAAAGGGAAGUAAUGUUGACCAGACAGGCCUCACUUAGCUUCAGAUACGACUGUUACACAGUUUCAACCUCAGAUUCAGUCCCAGAGUUUUAUUUUCUCCUUUUUGCCAGAUUUGAGCAGCACUAAUUUACACCAGACAGCAUAAAACAGCCAAAUUACCACUUGUUGUUGUUGGGGUUUUUUUUUUUUUAAAUGCAUACAAAGUUGCUAAAACCAUGUCUCUAUCCUGCAUUGUACUGAUUUUAUGACUAGAGCAGAAAUAGAGCUUGCUGUAAGUUAAUAGCAUGCCAUUGCUUGCUCAUAGUAACAGAAAAGACGUUUUAUAAUAUUUAUAUAUUUCUAUGGUAUAUAAUAGUGUUAAGUAUGUACAAAUUGGAAACGGAGUGGUCAUGUAAUGGGCUGUUUUUUUUUUUUUAGAGCCCAUCUCAUCUUUAUGGGAAAAAAAAUCUACAAAAUCUGUUUUUUGUUUUUUUUUUUAAUGGCACUGCUGAUAUUUUGGCGAUUUCUUCGAUAGUCAAAUGGUUUUACUGUAAAUGAGGCUAUAAAUGAUUUUCCAUCUCACCCACUGCCACCGGCCACACAGAAACUAAUAAUUACAGCUAUGAAUAGAAAGGCGCCUGUCAAAGAGGCUCCACAGGCGGAGAGCGAGCGGAGCGACGGCAGGUUCCACCUCAGAGCUCAACAGGAUCCUGUUUUCUUUUCUUUUUUCUUUUUUUUAAAUAAACGCAUCGAUCGGCUCUUCGCUGUGGUCCAGAGAACCGCUGCGGACUCGCCGCUGGUCUCGCUUGACGGAGGUCGAACCGACAGGAAGGUCUGAACGGAGGCAUGAGGCGGCUGAAGCGGCGCCUCGUGCGCCGCGUCCAGUGGGCGUUUAUUGCGACGAGUUGAAUGCGAUGAAGGACUGUGUGACCUUCACACACCAACAGCGAUACCAGAGGCUCCACGUUCCAGAAAACGGAUCAGAAAGUGUCUCUUUUUGUCCCGCUCUCAUAGUUUUUUUUUUUUUUCAUUUUUGCAUCGAGUUUUCUUUUGUGGCGAGGCUGAAAGAAAACGUCUGGCUGAACGGCUCACGCGAUCACAUUACCUCAGACAGAAUCAGUAUUUUUAAAGGGUGAAAGCAGACACGCGCUGUGGAGGGCUGCAGCGUCCGCUCCGGUUAAACACGUGCAUGUUCAGUGAACGCCUGCGCUCUCAGGCGGCGUGACGGCGUCGGGGGAAGGGGUGUAAAAUAAAUUAACCGUGCUAUCCUGUCGUUCCAAUAGCCGACUAACGAUUAACUAAAGCAUUACACGAGUAUAACCUGGUUUAUUUUCUCAUCACCUUUUGAACAGUUUUUAUCUAGAGACGGUGGCUACUAGAAUACUUUGCCGGUUUUUUUAUUUUUUUUUUGUAUCCAUCCAUGAUGUGUGGGAGGUUUUGGGACUUUAUCCUGUGGUCGGGUCUCCUCUGAGCCGCUCUCUUCCAAAGCUCAAAACGAGACACGGAGGCCGUCACUGAAGGGUUCAGGCUCGCCUUCACACACACAUCCCAUCAUCAGUCCAGCUUUGGGAGAGAAUCGCUCUUUGCAACAAGUAAUAUUUAAGCAGAUCACAGGUUUACAUGCUAGGUGAAAACUCUUAGGGUGGCUUUUCUUUUGGAUUGUGAUGGAAUGUUUUAUUGUAUGAAAAUUGUCUUCAGGAAAAUAAAAUACUAGGCACUAUCA